UUAGAAAUUCUUUGCAAAAAAACACCAGAGAGAAAAUCGAUACACCGCAAAAAACAAUAUGGCCGAAGGGGAAUAAUGCACAAGAGAAUAAAAACCUUUUUGAGCAGAAAAUACCAAACCCCCAAUUGUUUUCUCAAGCAGAAACCACGCUAGGGACACUAGAGAAUGUCGUGAGAUAAAUUUUCUAAAUUAAAACACACUUUUUCUCACUGUUUUUGCACAAAAGCUGCGGCGUCACUUGUCGACUAAAUUUUUUUUGCAAAACUCUACGACUUUGACAGUUGAUGACACGGAGUCGUCCAAAAAUCGUUAAAGAAUCGAUGAUGAUAGAGGCAAUCGAUUCAUCGAUAUUUCGAUGUGUGACUUUCAAAAAAAGCGGGAUUUUCACUUCAUUCUCCAUGUGAAAGUGCCAUUGAAAAGACGCGGUUUUUGCAGGUGAUUCGUGCUUUUCCACUGCAAUGGGCAAUAAAUCAUCUUUAAUUCUUCGUCCAGAGGAUAUUCAACAGAUUCAGGAAGAAACAGGAUUUACACCUAAUCAAAUAGAACGGCUGUUUUCGCGAUUCACCUCACUUGAUCGAGGAGACUGUGGCACACUCUCAAAAGAUGACUUCUUGAGGAUUCCGGAACUGGCUAUAAAUCCCCUCUGUGAUCGUAUUGUACACGCUUUCUUUAUCGACAGCAAUGAUGAUCGAGUCAACUUUAGGCAAUUUAUGAACGUUUUAGCCCGCUUCAGGCCUCCGAAGCCCAAUAAAAUCAAGCUCAACAGUCGAGAAGAUAAACUAAAAUUUGCUUUCAAGAUGUACGACCUGGAUAACGAUGAUCUAAUUUCGCGGGAGGAGCUCCUCAAUAUCUUGCAAAUGAUGGUGGGGGAAAAUAUUGACCAGGAACACCUGAUAUCGAUAGUGGAAAGGACAAUUGUAGAAGCAGAUCGCUCAGGUACUGGGAAGAUUACCUUUGAUGACUUCUGCAAUGCUUUAUCACGCACAGAUGUUGAGAGGAAACUAUCCAUAAUAUUCCUCAGUUAAAUGGACAAAGUCUUUUGCGGACUUGUACUCCACAAUCACCAAAAUUGGUCUCAUUUACCUCCUCAAUCAUAUCUUAUCACAUCAACAACAGAUUUUAAAGUCAUAAAGAUUUGAGGUGUUUUCAAGCUUAAAGUUGUUGUGCAAUAAAUACAGCUAUUUGAUAAUCUUGAAA